AUGGGUCGGUCGAGAAGGAAUAAACCUAAGAAAAAUUUUGCUGAAAAAAGACGUGAAAAAAAAGAAAACUCAGGACAAUUCAAAAAAUCACUGGGUCGUUACAAUGAUAUUGUCAGAGAAAACAAAGAUUUUGAGACCUAUUAUAAAGCUCAGAAUGUUAUUCCUGAUGAUCAAUGGGAUGCGUUCAUAACAACAAUAAGGGAAAACUUGCCAUCAGCUUUUCGUAUUACCGGGUCUCAAACCGAAGCAAAAGCGUUGCUGAAAAUCAUCAAAGGAGAUUUUUUCGAGGAAAUUCUGAAUAAUAAGUUGGAGGGUGAGAAAGAAGUGGCCAACGAAACGGAAAAAAUGCGACCCAAGUCAUUGCCAUUUUACCCGAAUGAACUGGCUUGGCAGCUACAGCUUACACGUAAAGACAUCAGACGCUCGGAGGCGUACUUCAAGUUGCAUAAUUUUUUGAUUGCUGAAACCAGCAGCGGGAACAUCAGCAGGCAAGAAGUUGUCAGCAUGAUUCCUCCAUUGGUGCUGGAUGUCAAGCCGGAUCAUAAAGUUCUGGACAUGUGUGCUGCGCCGGGGUCUAAAACUGCGCAAUUAAUUGAAAUGAUUCACGCGGAUGAGGGUGUUGUACCAAAAGGAUUCGUCAUUGCCAAUGACGUUGAUAACAAUCGUUGCUACAUGCUUGUACACCAGGCCAAACGAUUGAACAGUCCUAAUAUUCUCAUUACCAAUCAGGACUCGUCUAUUAUGCCUAAUUAUAAAAUUACCAACCCAGAUGGCACUCAAGGAAUUUUGAAAUUCGACAGGAUACUUGCUGAUGUUCCUUGCAGUGGAGACGGAACUCUGAGGAAGAAUCCAGACAUCUGGACCAAGUGGUCACCAGCCAACGGGAAUAAUUUGCAUGGCAUUCAGUACAGAAUCGUGAAACGAGGACUUGAGAUGCUGGCAGUCGGAGGCAAACUGGUUUACUCGACUUGUUCAUUGAAUCCGGUGGAAAAUGAAGCCGUUUUGCAUCGUAUUCUCGCGGAGACUGGUGACUCUGUCCAGCUGGUCGACGGCAGAGAUUUAGUACCUGGACUUAAAUGCAAUCCUGGGGUCAGUACUUGGUUGCUGGGUUCUAAAGACGUUAAGUUCUACAAGUCUUGGGAGGAAGUACCUGAAACUUGGCACACGCAAAUCAGACCUAAAAUGUUUCCUCCUAAUCCUGAGGAUGCUCCCAAAUUUCAUCUCGAGAGGUGUAUGAGAAUAUUACCUCAUCAUCAGGAUACCGGUGGAUUUUUUGUCGCAUUGCUGCAAAAAGUUAAGCCGCUACCUUGGGAAAGUGAAUCGGCUAUGCAGGGGUCGAAUCAAGAUAAAGAGAAGAAUGGAGAGGAGAUUCCAAAAGAAAGUAUGGAUGUAGAGGAUGAAAAAGAAGAUGACAAGAAUGACAAUAAUAAACGUAAUUUGCAAGAUAACAAAACUGCUCAACCUGAAAGGAAAAAGAAGAGAAUUUAUGGAUACCGUGAAGAUCCUUUUGUUUUCUUUAAGGAUGAUAAAGAAGAUGUUUGGGAAUCUAUUAAGAAAUUUUACAAUAUUUCAGACGAAUUAGACCCCCGUUGCUUGUACGUUAGAUGUCAUGAGGGUAAAAAGAAAAAUAUUUACUUCACUUCUCCAGAAAUCAGGGAUAUUAUUUUAUUAAAUGAACAUCACAUUAAAAUGAUUAAUACGGGAGUUAAAACAUUCGUCCGAUGUGAUAACAGAAACAUGAAGUGUGCUUUCCGAAUGGCCCAGGAAGGCUUGCCGAGUGUUAUCAAAUUCAUAAGCGACAAUCGUAAAGUAAAAAUUGGUCAGGCGGAUUUGGUAAUGCUUUUGCAGAAUAAUAACCCGAAAAAGCCUCCAGAAAUUGAGCUGCUGAGUAAAGAAACUCAAGAACGACUCAAGACUGUUGACGCUGGUAGUUGUAUACUGAUGUACGAAGAAGAAAAUUCUUCAGAUCCGUUGAGAUUGAAUCUUGUUGGAUGGAAAGGAACAAUUUCAUUGAGAGCCUACGUUCCUAUUAGCGACACAAUACAUUACUUACGCCUGCUCGGAGCUGAUUGUUCAAAAUAUGAGGUAAAUAAAUUUGAGCAAAACAGAAUUGCUAAUAAGGCUAAUGAAAAUGACGAUUCGUCAGUGAAAGCUGACGCUGACGAAGGUGAAGCUGAUAAUAAUGACUUGGCUACUGAGGAAGAUUCAGGUGCCAUAGACGAACAGAUGGAAGAGGUAGCUUAA